AUGACGACUCUUCCUCGACAUAAAAUUGUGUUGUGUCGCUUAGUAAAUAGAGAGAAGGAAUUGCGACGUAUUAUGCCGACGGGUUAUCGAAGUUCCAAAAAUGGUAAAAUUCUUAUCUCGGAGUUCAUUGUUCUCACUAAAGGAAGUAAUCAUUUGUCACCUUCCAAGAAACGAAAAAUUCUAUCGCCCCACAAUGAAGAUAAUCAAUUUGAAACCAUCAAAAUGAAAUUGAAAGGAAAAUGUAAUGUCAGUUUCAUCGUGUUUGAAGAACAUGAUAAAGAGCGGCGUUCUCCGAAUGGCUGUAACGAGAAGCGACAAUUGGUCGAUAAGGGACCAAUAGGAAAAUUGAAAAAUGAUGAAUUCGAUGCAGCCUAUUGGAAUACCGACAGCAAAAAUAUGAAUAAAAGACUUUCAGAUUCCGUGAAAGAUUUACCAAUUGGAAUGCACGUGCUACAUAGAAAAAGAAGUUUCGACUCAUUAGGUGGAGCAUUUAUGCCAGGUGGAAAAAGAAACUUCGACUCAUUAGGUGGGGCAUUUAUGCCAGGUGGAAAAAGAAACUUCGAUUCAUUAGGUGGGGCAUUUAUGCCGGGUGGAAAAAGAAACUUCGACUCUUUAGGUGGAGCAUUUAUGCCAGGUGGAAAAAGAAACUUCGACUCUUUAGGUGGAGCUUUUCUGCCAGGUGGAAAAAGAAACUUCGACUCGUUAGGUGGGGCAUUUAUGCCAGGUGGAAAAAGAAACUUCGAUUCAUUAGGUGGGGCUUUUAUGCCAGGUGGAAAAAGAAACUUCGACUCUUUAGGUGGAGCAUUUAUGCCAGGUGGAAAAAGAAACUUCGAUUCCUUAGGUGGGGCUUUUAUGCCAGGAGGAAAAAGAAACUUCGAUUCAUUAGGUGGGGCAUUUAUGCCGGGUGGAAAAAGAAACUUCGACUCAUUAGGUGGAGCUUUUAUGCCAGGUGGAAAAAGAAACUUCGACUCAUUGGGUGGAGCAUUUAUGCCAGGAGGAAAAAGAAACUUCGAUUCAUUAGGUGGGGCUUUUAUGCCAGGAGGAAAAAGAAACUUCGAUUCACUAGGUGGGGCAUUUAUGCCGGGUGGAAAAAGAAACUUCGACUCAUUAGGUGGGGCAUUUAUGCCAGGUGGAAAAAGAAACUUCGACUCAUUAGGUGGAGCUUUUAUGCCAGGUGGAAAAAGAAACUUCGACUCAUUGGGUGGUGCAUUUAUGCCAGGAGGAAAACGUACUUUCGAUUCCUUGGGUGGAGGAAUUUUACCAAUUGAAGGUAGUAUUGAUCUAACGAGUGGUUGCUUGGGAAAACGUUCAUGCCAUUCAUUAAGUGGAAGACGUCUAUCUGCUGGGAGCAGUGCUGAUUCAUCGGAUGAUUCCGAUGGAAAACGUUCAUUUGAUUCCUUAGGAGGAGCGUUUAUGCCAGGUGGAAAGCGUACUUUCGAUUCCUUGGGUGGUGCUUUCAUGCCAGUUGGAAAGAAAAACUUUGACUCGUUAGGGGGUGCUUUUAUGCCAGGUGGAAAACGUACUUUCGAUUCCUUGGGUGGUGCGUUUAUGCCAGGUGGAAAGAGGAACUUUGACUCUUUGGGUGGAGCUUUUAUGCCAGGUGGUAAAAGAAACUUCGACUCGUUAGGUGGGGCAUUUAUGCCAGGUGGAAAACGUACUUUCGAUUCAUUAGGUGGAGCAUUUAUGCCCGGUGGAAAACGUACUUUCGAUUCCUUGGGUGGUGCUUUUAUGCCAGGUGGAAAAAGGAACUUCGACUCAUUAGGUGGAGCUUUUAUGCCCGGUGGUAAACGUACUUUCGAUUCCUUGGGUGGUGCUUUUAUGCCAGGUUCAAAGAAGAACUUUGAUUCAUUAGGUGGCGCUUUUAUGCCAGGCGGAAAGAGACAAUCUGAUUCGUUAGGGGGUGGAAAGAGACAGUUUGACUCAUUAGGGGGAGCAUUUAUGCCUGGUGGAAAGAGACAGUUUGACUCGUUAGGCGGAGCAUUUAUGCCUGGUGGAAAGAGACAGUUUGACUCGUUAGGCGGAGCAUUUAUGCCUGGUGGAAAGAGACAGUUUGACUCGUUAGGCGGAGCAUUUCUACCAAAUAUAAAGAGACAAGAUGACAGGCCAUAUUUAUGGCAACCAUUUGACUCGUUAGGGGGAGCAUUUCUACCUGGUGGAAAGAGAGACUCUGACUCGUUAAGUGGCGCGAUUUUGACAGAAUCAGCUGAAAAACAAGGUAGUGGUGAUUCAGACCUGAAAAACUAAAACAGCAUUAUCAAUAAAUGUUGCCCUGUGGAAUGGAUUAACACAUAAUAACUUGAGGAACAGUUGAUAUUUACAAUACUGUUUCAACGAAAAUUGAAAACAAAGCCUUUCUUUAUUAUCCCUUCAAGAGUAGAGGAAGUUUUCUCACAAUCACAUACACUUACUAUCAAAUACAUUCAGAACUUCAACUUCUGUUUUGAUUUAUUUACUGCUAAUAAUAUCAACAGAAAUGUAAAAGAUCUACUCUUUCUAAAGAUGUACUCUUAAUACAACAUCUCUGAUAACAAUUCACAACAGCUACGUCUGAAUCAGCGAGAGCAAUGAAAGAAAACAGUACUGUGUUUUUGGCGUUCGAAACCAGUAAUGAAAGUUCGCGAAAGACUUUUGAAGUUUCUAUCACUAUUUUUUCCCAACACAGUUGCUUCAUUUUCCUUCAUGUCCUUAUUUUUAAAAUUUUUUUUCUAAUAAAUCCUAACUGUUAUUAAUGG